CAAACAUGGCAUCUUAUAAGUCGUUUGAAUGGUUGGACCUGUUAGAAAAAGAAUUUGAUAAAGCUUACGUAGACUUAGAUAUGGUUUUAGGGGAGAUAGACAGUGAACAAUGUGAAUUAACUUAUGAAGGAAGAGAAAAAAUAACGGCAUUAAGCUCUGCUUUUGCUCAGGUGUGCCAUAAGAGCCAAGUACUUUAUCACAAUAACUCCAAAUUAGAGAAUUCAACAAAUACAACUGCUGGGCAGAGACAUGAGAGGUAGCGAGCAUGACAGGCUGUGGAAUCAGUUGGAGGCUGAGAUUCACCUUCACCGGCACAAAACUGUAAUUAGAGCUUGCAGGGGACGAAAGAGCCUCAAAAAGAAGCUUCCAGUUCCCCCAUGCCAUGAUCUCCAGAGGCUUCGAAAAAGGCAAGGAAUAGGUGAGGAACGUACAGUUACACUCAUCAAGGGCAUUGACGAAGGUCUUGGAAUGUCUAUAACUGGAGGUCGUGAGCACGGAGUCCCCAUUUUGAUCUCAGAAAUCCAUGAGGGACAGCCAGCUGACCGUUGUCGUGGACUCUAUAUUGGGGAUGCUAUUUUGGAAGUGAAUGGCAUUGAUCUGAAAGAUACAAAACACUCGCAAGCAGUUCAAGUGUUAUCACAGCAGCAAGGGGAGAUAGAGCUCAAGGUUGUGUUCGUUGCACCAGAUGAGAGCAGUGGUGAUGAGGAUGACAACAAUGACAUUGUAUCUCCACUUAGUAGGCAUACCGAGUGUGGUGACAGUGAGAACUGUUCACACGAAGACAGCAGUAGUGCCAACGCAUCUCCUGCUCAUCCAUUACUGUCUAAUGGGGACCACACUAGUUGCCCACAUGUUGGCAGUGUGCCACAGGUGCUUGCACAAACAGUGAGUACUGCGGCACAGGGUGGUAACUUGCCUGAAUCGGCAGCUAAAAGUGCCAAAGAAAAUUCUGUGCAUGCCUCUGUCACCUGUCCAUGAUGUCGUGCAUCCUCUCACCUAUAGGAAAGCAUUCUAUGGCUGCAUGGUCCGGUGCAAAUGAUAAACAAACGAUAUCCGGAGAAGGUGAAGAAAGCUAUGUGUGAGUUCUACAACGUGAUAAACAGUGGUGGAACCCUAGUCACACUAGUUACAGCAUCAGACAUAAAUAAAUAGGUCAUCAUCUCUACCUCUAUAAUAUUGGAUCUACAGUGGUUCUACCAACCAGUUCUAUGACAUCUAAAACAGUGGUGAAUCUCUUAACUCGUUAAGUUUGAUGCCAAUACUUAGUGGACCAGCACAGCUGAUAUGUAAUAAUGAAAUCAGGAGACACCUGACAGAUAGCAUAGCUGGCAUGGCACAAGCAUGGCCAUCCAUGUCAUGCCUAUCAGUUAACUUGUGCCACCAGGUGCACACAGAGGUAAUAUACUACAUCUAUACCUAAUUUACACAGUGAAAGAGGUUUACAAACUUCUAACGGGGCUGGUUCUAGAGAAAAAGCACUAGUGACAAUGAUAUAAAUGUUACUUGGAAUGUGUUUAUGGCCCAACAGUGACUAGGCAUUGUCAUAUCCAUGUCUUGGGUAAUGCGUGCGGUGUUUGGUUAAGUUCACGAGGAGAGAGACAGAGCAUACUGGUGUCAUAAUCCCGUGUAGACAUAUACACACGUCAGUAGUGGUCGAUCAGACAAAAUUAUAUUUAUUUUUAACUUAAUUUAAAUCACGCAUUCACUACAUGUAUAAAAUUAUAUGUCGCAGCGGUGAGAAAACUUCUAUGUGUGUACCUGUCUACGGGAGAGCACUACAUUGUCUAGGUGCUGCUAAAGAUGUUGUCACACUUAGUUUUCACGAGAAUUGUUUCAUGAAAGCUGAAUAAUUAUGUGGCCGGAUGGCGAUCUUUGGGUAA